UGCGGCGAAUAUAGUCUUACAACUGAGGUCGAGGGAGCUCUACAGCCACAGCACUGAAAACUCAGAAGAGCUUGCGGACCAAUCCCACACACUUUCCUGCUCGAGAAACUAUGGUUCGGCACCAAGAAAACUGGGACCACUGCCUAAUUUCUUCUGGACAAGACAAGCAGCGAGCGGACAGCGCAAACCUUCUUUGCACUCCAUCUCACACCAGAUCAGGAUGCUGCGACAGCUUCCGUAAGGAGCCACCACUGCACAGCGUUCGAACGGCAGCAGGCAUGCAGCGCACACGGCCGUCGCCGGAGUCCCGCACCGUCUGUAUCAGGAGAAAUGCUUUCCAGGAUUCCCGUUGCGCAAAGCUCCUAUCAGCGAAGUCGCUAACGGGGACCACGAUCCGCCUUUGUAUCCGUAAUACGAAGUCCGCCAUUAGGGUGUCCGCACUCCCGUGUGGAAGCAUCAAGCAUCCGUACACACACCAGACACACACGCAUGAGCGCACUGCGUCCUGCAAUGUUCGCUGCCCGUCCGUGCGGGACACCAACACGGAGGACUUCGACGCACACCGCGCCUACUACUCGUGCCAAGCACCAGAAGGCAAAGCUGGUUGA